CGACAAAAUCUGAAUCUCCAUCCGCUUCAGAGAAUAAAGGAAAGCGCGACUGGAAAGUUAUUUUUUCAAAGAAUAAAGAAAAAGAUAAAGAUAUCUACAUCUACUUUCGAACACCGAGAAUAAAGACACAACGAGACAGCAGACGUUCUCAGGUAGGUGUUGUUUGAUACUUUCACUUGAUGUUUGAUGUCGACACUAUCGUUUUCUGGAUUCGUUGGUUUCGGUUUGUGGAAAGCUAUUCCGAAUGUGAAUGCCUUCAGCUCCAGGAUCGUCGCGCGGCAUGAUUUCAGUUGCCACCGCAUCGAUCUGGUGGAUGCCUAUUACUCGUGGUUGAGAAAUAAGAUCACGUCCAUCAUAAUCACGACAGGUUUGGCAUAGGCAUCCCAAGCGAGAACUUCUUCUACGACAAGAAAGAAAAAGAAAGCGACUUAUCCCAAGCAGAACUACAAUUCCAUUUCUCUUGACCGAUCGGACCAUAAGUACACGCGCCCGCCGUGCAGUCGAGCAGUACGAUGAUGGGCGGGACGAGCGAAGAUAAUUCUACCAGCGCGAUCAUGGACCUGAUGCUAGGCACAACGACCGGCGAUGAAAUUAUAAAUCAACACGACCCAGCACCUCAUGGUAGUCCAGAGCUAACCUUCAAUCAUGCCACCGGCCAGAUGGUGAUGACUACAACGGCGCCCCCUGGUGCUGGUCCACCUGCUCCCGCGCUGGCCGCCGUCGUGCCCAGUGGAGUAGGAGGGGUCGCAACCACUAUUACAGGUGAUCAGGAACUACAAUGCUCAACACAAAAUCACAAUGCGACUGCGACUUCGCGAGGUGACCGUACUCCGGUGACCUUUGAAGAAUUGAUGAACGUGCAAAGCGACGACCCUCUUCUUGGGGGUCAGACUGCUUCCGGACAAGGUUCUUCAGGCUCUUUCGCUCCUUUUAAUAAUCCCGUUUCGUCGAACAGCGGGGCCGCAGUAGAUAAUAAUUCCAUGAAUGCUGGUGACAUGGAACUGGUCACUUGGGCCCUGCAGCAAAAUGUUCCGGAGGUGGAUAAUCGACAUCAGCAGCCAUUUGUUGCUACUAAUAUCCACUGGAACAACCACAUCAACAACCAAGGGCCCCCGCAGCUGCUGAUGCACCAGAUGGGUCAACACCAAAACCAACAAUAUCUACACGUCGCAACUACUAAUAGUAGUGCCCCGUGUAGUACUACGACAUCUAGAGGCGCCGGGGCAGGACCACAACUACAUGG